AUGAUUUUUAUUACCUUCACUAAAUCGUCAUCAUUAAACAAGUUAAGCAGCGAAAAACUCACUUUUAUCAAUUUAUCAAUUCAGAACGUCAAUUUUUUACUUAAUCCUUCUAUUUUAUUUCCAAUCUUAAAUACUCGACUAAUAAUUUCAAUCUAUUGCACUCAACAUUGGCCAAUAUUUAGGUUCUCAAUUUUAUUUCUUUAUCAUUUUAUUAUUUUACAGUUAAUCAGUUUGGUAUGA